AUGAUAAUGUUGAGUUAUUGUAGCAUCACAGAUGAAGGUUGUGCUGCUCUGGCUUCAGCUCUGAGAUCAAACCCUUCACACCUGAGAGAACUGGAUCUGUCUUGGAAUAAAAUAGGAAAAUCAGUGAAUCUGCUCUUUGGUGUACUACAAAAUCCUCAUUGUAAACUGGAGAAACUGUGGUUGAGGGAUUGCGGCGUCACAGAUGAAGGUUGUUCUGCUCUGGCUUCAGCUCUGAGAUCAAACCCCUCACACCUGAGACAACUGGGUCUGUCUCUGAAUGAAAUAGGAGAUUUGGGUGUGAAGCAUCUCUGUGCUGGACUGGAGGAUCCUCGCUGUAAACUGGAGAUACUGUGUCUUCUUGCCACCCAUUUGCCCUUUGAACACAAGAAGCUCUCCAGAUCUCUGAGAUCAAACCCCUUACACCUUAGAGAACUGAGUAUGACUGGGAAUAAACUGGGAAAAUCUGUGAAUCUGCUGUCCGAUGUACUACAACAUUCUCACUGUAAUCUGGAGAUACUGCUAUUGAGUUAUUGUAGCAUCCCAGAUGAAGGUUGCACUGCUUUGGCUUCAGCUCUGAGAUCAAACUCCUCACACCUAAGAGAACUGGAUCUGUAUGGGAAUAAACUAGGAGAUUCAGGAGUGAAACGUCUCUGUGCUGGACUGAAGUAUCCUCACUAUGAAGGUUGUGCUGCUCUGGCUUUAACUCUUACAUCAAACCCCUCACACUUGAGAGAACUGGAUCUUUCUGGGAAUAAACUAGGAAAAUCAGGAGUGAAGUUACUCUCUGAUCUUAAAGAUGAUCCACUUUAUAAACUGGAGAGAUUCUACUAUUUGUCUUUUUGUGACUCUCAGUAUUUAGACGUCAGUCCAGUUUCAUCAGGUUCAGCUGAUGAUGAAUAUGGAGCCACUAUAGAGACGUCACAAGUGGUGCGUGGUUGGUUGGCCAGACAGUGUGCACGUCACAGGCUCACAUCUUGGCAGCAGGAGCAGUGUACCGUCCAGCGGUUUCUGCAGGGAGCUGAGGACUUGGGUAUGCGUGCUUAUGACAGCCUGGUCAUCCAAAAUGCAGCCGAUAUUGCACGAGAGAAUGACCGCCUCCGGGGUCACAUCAGUGCUCCACCACUGGGUGAACGACCAGAACCUGUAGGCAAAGAAGAAGACUCACCCAAAAGGGCUGUUGAAAAAAGUGGAAGGGUUAACGAUGUGUCAGGCCGUGGGGGGAACAGACCACUCCGGCAUUUCCGCUCCAGCUCUGUGCCUCUCCCCCUGGUUAUGGACAGCUUGGUACACUCCAGCAUCGGGACAUCAAUCAAAGCAGCCCUUCAGCCUGCGCCAUACUCCACUGAGGAGGGGAAUGGAGGGAUCCUCUCCUCCCCACGAAAACAACCUCCUCCCAAACCCAAACGAGACCCCAAUACACGUCUGAGUGCAUCGUACGAGGCAGUGUGUGCAGGGCUGAGUAUUGCACUCAAAGACAGCCCUGCUGAGGGUCAAGGCUCUCCAUCUGGAAGCCCACCAAAAACCCAACUCUCUCCUUCUGAUCCCCUCUCUAAACCACGCCCUCACAGUGAUGACUACAGCACCAUGAAGAAGAUCCCACCCCCCAAGCCCAAACGCAGCCCUAAUACCAAGCUGACAGGUUCCUAUGAGGAGAUCUCUGUACCUUCCCCUGCACGCCCCACGGACAUGAAACUUGUCAGCCUGGUACGAGCCGGCCACUGCUUGGGCCUUAUCCAACGAGCAGCAUCUGCGGAUGGCCCCAAUUCUUCUGUGCUAAGCCUCUACCCCUGUCAGGAUGAGGAGGAUGUGUAUAUCGAUAUGGUGGGGGCCUCACGAGCCCUCAGCCUGGCUGACUCCCACAGUCCAGAGCUGGGAGAGGCGGUUUACGAGGAAAUGAAAUACUUCCCACCUGACGAGGUGGGGUCAGCUCCGGUGGCCAAGCCUGAAACGGUCAAUCCCGGUCCCACUACCCUACCUUCCCCAGGGCCAGAAGUCAAGAGGCCGGUGACCUUGAUGGAGCACUCUGGCUCUCUCGGAGGAAAGCAGCAGGGCAAGGAUGGGAUGGGUUGUGACAUUCCAGCUCCAUUCCCCAACCUUCUUCAACACCGUCCCCCACUUCUAGUCUUCCCCCCGUCCCCUGUCACCUGCUCUCCGGCUUCGGAUGAGUCCCCCCUCACCCCCCUGGAGGUGAAGAAGCUGCCUGUGUUCGAGACUAACCUCAACUACACCAGCCAAGAUGGAGGCAGCCCACUCUCACCCCAGUACACCCGUCAAAGAGCUGACUCCUCACCGAGUCUUUCUGUCUUAAUGCCAGAAAAGUCCACUCCACCCUUGACUCCUCCUCCUCUUUCGGCAGCACUUCCACCUCCUUACCGCCCCCCAUCCCACUUCCCCUUCCCCCCUGAACCAAACUUGUUGGCUCUGACACGUGCAGCUUCUGUGGCUACCACUGAUUCCCCCAAAGUCUCCCAUAAAAUAGGGCACGUUCUGGCAGAGACACCCCCAAGCAGUUCCAAGCCUCCCUUCUCCCCAGUAAAGACCUCACGGCCAGAGCCCCGCAGAUCUCAUUCCUGCUCCUCCUCACCUCUGCUCUUCAAUCCAGCCAAUGGGAGACCCCUCACCAGCCCUCUGGACGAGCUCAAUACCAUUUUUAGCUCAGGGCGCAGCCUGCUCCGCAAGUCCACCACUGGAAGAAAAAUACGUGACAGCGGACUCUCUAAUUCCAACAUUAACCUGCCAGGUCAAGAGGAUCAAGGCCCCAUCUCUCCAUCAGCACAGUUACAGGACAAAAAUGCCAACAACCACACCUCACCCAGCUCAUCCAACCCCGCACCCAUUGAGAAUGGCAACCAGAUCUCCAAUGGGACAUUGGAAGACGAGGGACAUCCAAAGUCAAAUGCGUCCAGCACCUCGGUGUUACACAGGCACAUGGACAGCCACCACACUCAGAGGGGUCACCUCAACUUCUCGCCCUUCGGGGCAGGGGCGGCGCUGUAGGCUGGGGGCUGAAUGAGCCCUCGGGCCUGUGUAGGGAUGGGGUGAGUCUGGUCUAUAGCACAGUACCUCACUGACUGCCCUUCACCUUGCAAUUCCCAUCUUUUACGUCUUUCACUUUUUUUUCUUCUAAUUAUAAUGAAAGAAACUGCAGCUCUGCAUCAUCUCUUGCAAAUCAGU